CCAAGUACCAGGUCUUUGACAAGGACGCCCAAUUCUACAGAGUGAAGAGGAGUUCACAGUCCAUUUUUGAAAAGGCUUCUUCAAUCUUCAGCCAUGGCUCUCAGGCAAGGCAAGUGGAUCAAGCUUGAACAAACUGGAACUGGACCUGGAGCCAGAAGUUCACAUGCCAUCACCCAAGUUGGACAAAAGGCUUAUGCCUUUGGUGGUGAAUUCCAGCCACGUGUCCCGGUGGACAACAUGAUCCAUGUUUUCGACCUCAAGGAACUAACCUGGUCUGCAAUAUCCGGCACCGGCGAUGUCCCACCGCCACGUGUUGGUGUGACAAUGGCAGCUAUUGGAAAAACCAUUUAUGUAUUUGGUGGCAGGGACAAUGAGCAUAAGGAGCUUAAUGAGCUUUACUCCUUUGACACAUCUACAAACAAGUGGACCCUAAUUUCCAGUGGGGAUGCUGGCCCCCCUCACCGGAGCUACCACUCAGUGACUACCGACGACCGCCAUGUCUAUAUUUUCGGUGGCUGUGGAGUGGCCGGCCGCCUCAAUGAUCUAUGGGCUUACGAUGUUGUGGAUCAAAAGUGGAUUCAAUACCCAACACCAGGUGACAAUUUGAAAGGAAGAGGUGGCCCUGGACUCCUAGUUGCCCAAGGAAAGAUAUGGGUUGUGUAUGGCUUUGCUGGAGAAGAAGCAGAUGAUGUACACACAUUUGAUCUAACUCACAAAAAGUGGACACAAGUUGAGACAAAUGGGGAGAAACCAACUGCCCGAAGUGUAUUUUCUACUGUUGCAAUUGGGAAAUACAUAAUUGUAUACGGUGGAGAAGUUGACCCCAGUGACUUAGGUCACUUGGGUGCCGGAAAGUUUACUGCUCAAUGUUAUGCAUUGGAUACAGAGACAUUGCUGUGGAAGCAAUUGGAUGAUGGCUUGAACUCGAGCCAUCAUCCUGGACCUCGUGGGUGGUGCGCAUUUACCGGUGGGGAACAAGAUGGCCGAGUAGGACUUCUGGUCUAUGGUGGGAAUUCACCUAGUAAUGAUCGGCUUGAUGACAUUUUCUUCUUCACCCCUCAUUUCGAAGAUGUAAAGUAACCAGCUUAUAGUAUCAUAUGAAGUGAGUGAAGAUGUUUGUGUCCAGAGUACGUCUCAGAAACACUAGAGACUAUGGGUUAUGCAUGUGUGUAAUUAAAUAAGGCCUAGAAAUGACUCUGCUUGAUGUCAGGAACGAGGUUGUGUUCAUAAUUAGUAAAUUAUGGAUGUUGAAAACUAUUGUGUUUAUAGGGUAGUUUGAUCAUCUGAUCUUUUGUUUAUCUGUUGUGUCCAAAUCUAUCAAAGAGUUGCUUGCUGCUUUGGAUUUUCAUUUGACAAAAACAGUUC